AUGGCCUCCCGAGAUUCCGAGUUCGUGAUCUCCCCAAACAUAGGCGCCGGUCUACGCACCUUCCUGUACUCGCAGCUGUUCGUCACCCCGCCAUACCCCCGCGCCUCCUUCGCCAACCAGACCAUCAUCGUCACGGGCUCGAACACAGGCCUGGGCCUCGAGGCCGCACGCCACUUCUACCGUCUGGGCUGCGCGCGGCUGAUCCUUGCGGUCCGCAACACGGCCAAAGGCGAGGCCGCCAAGGAGGACAUCCUGCGCAGCAACAUCACGCAUCGUUCGGACGCGGGUGCGAUCGAAGUCUGGUCGCUGGAUUUGUCGAGCACUGCGUCCACAAUAGCCUUCGCAGAAAGAGUAAAGCGUGAGCUAGAUCGAGUCGACGUGUUGGUUGAGAAUGCAGGGAUCAACACCGGGGAAUGGACGCUUUGUGAAGGCCAUGAGCAGGCGGUGCAGAUCAAUGUGCUGAACACCUUUCUUUUGGCGCUGAUGCUGCUCCCAAAGCUCCAGGCGACAAGGCGGCUCGCUGUGGCGGAUGCUGUCUACCCGCACCUGGUGAUUGUGAGUUCCGAAGCGCAUCGGUUGACUGCCUUUCCGGAGGUCAAGGCCCCGGAUCUUUAUGACGGGCUGAAGGUGAGGGAGCGGUUCAGUCAGCAGGCUAGAUAUCAAGCCACGAAAUUGAUUGAAGUACUCUUUACGCGGGAGCUGGUGGCAAGACUGAGUACAAAGAAAGAAGACGAUGCUGAUGGCACCCCACCGGUGAUUAUCAACAUAGUAAAUCCGGGGCUCUGCGCCUCGGACCUUGCUCGAGCCGAGCCGCCUUCGCUGAUCGCAUGGAUAGCCCGUCGAAUCUUUGAGCGGACAACUGAAGUUGGAGCGAGGACAUUGGUGCUCGCGGCCUCGGCUCCGAAGAGCUCCCAUGGCGAGUCUCAAAGUGACGGGAACAAUCAGAAUGUUGAAGGUUGGAUCUAUACCGAGGGUGGGCGGAGGGUACAGAAGAAGGUCUUCGAGCAGACGCUUAAAGUCCUGGAAGAGCGCCGGCCGGGCAUAUCCCUAGAGGCCGGUCUUUGA